UAUUGCAGUGGCAGACGUUAAGAAGACUAUUGAAAAAAGUGCUCCCAAACAAACGGGCUUGGCUAUUGAGACCAUGUUAAAGACUGGGAGAUUGGCUACACAAUCAGGUCUUGAUUUGCAGCAGAGAGCUGGUAUGACUGUCCAGGCAGAAAAGUUAAAUUUCCUCCGUUUCCUUUCACAUUUUCGAGUGGUUCAUCGAGGUGCCUCAUUUGCUGGUCUUCGUACUACAAGUGUGCGGAAGUUGUUACCUGAAUCUUGGGGUUGCCGUUGUCCUGUUCAUACACCUGAUGGGGAGCCAUGUGGGUUGCUUAAUCAUAUGACUGCAUCUUGCCGCAUAACCUCAUACUAUGAUUCGAAGGGCAAUGUUAAAGACUUCUUCAAAAUGUGGAUGUCCAUACUGAGUGUGCUGAUUGCAAUUGGAAUGACACCAGCAUCACCAAAGCUUGUGCAAGCUGGUCCUCCUGAAUUGCUGUCUGUUCUACUGGAUGGUCGUAUUGCGGGCUAUAUGCCAUCGGAUUUAAUUGAAAAUGUUGUUACCCACUUGCGGAGAUUGAAAUUGUCAUCAACAUCAUCGAUUCCAGUUGAUUUGGAGGUUGGGUACAUCCCUUUGAGCAUUAAUGGAGCAUAUCCAGGCCUAUAUCUGUUCACAUCUCCUUCUAGGUUUGUUCGUCCUGUAAGAAUUAUCUUUGCACCUGCUGAAGAGGGCAAUGAUCUUGAACUCAUUGGACCCUUUGAACAGGUGUAUAUGGAGAUAAGCUGUCCGGAUGGUGGAGAUGGAGGAAGGAAAACCUUAUUCCCUGCCACACAUCGAGAAAUUCAUCCAACUAAUAUUUUGAGUGUUGUUGGCAAUCUUACACCUUGGUCUGAUCAUAAUCAGAGUCCACGUAAUAUGUAUCAGUGUCAGAUGGGUAAACAAACAAUGCGUUUCUUCUCACAAGCAUUAAAUUGUCCUGCUGAUCAAAAGUUAUAUCACCUUCAGACUCCUCAAACUCCAAUUGUACGCACAAAAGCUUAUGAGAAGUACUGUGUUGAUGACUAUCCAUUAGGAACAAAUGCAAUUGUGGCAGUUUUGGCUUAUUCAGGAUAUGACAUGGAGGAUGCUAUGGUCUUAAAUAAAUCAUCUGUAUAUCGUGGUAUGUGUCAUGGGCAUAUAUACCAGACAGAAACCAUUGACUUGACUGAGCAAAGUGCCAAAUCUUAUCGUGCUCAGAGAUUGUUUAGAAGAAGCAAUUUGGAUAAGUCGUCUCAUCAGCUGAUUGAUUCUGAUGGUCUUCCAUAUGUGGGGCAGGCGAAUGUACGUUUUAGGCGCUCCAGGAAUCCUGUAAUUGGUGAUAAAUUUAGCAGCCGACAUGGGCAAAAGGGUGUUUGCUCUCAAUUAUGGCCUGAUAUUGGAGUUACAGGAAUGAGGCCAGAUCUUAUUAUUAAUCCUCAUGCUUUCCCUUCAAGGAUGACGAUUGCUAUGCUGUUGGAGUCAAUUGCUGCUAAGGGAGGUGCUUUACAUGGGAAGUUUGUUGAUGCAACGCCAUUUUCUAACACAAUGAAGGAAGCAGAAUCAGAAUUCAGUUCACUGGUGGAUGAACUUGGUUCCAUGUUAACGGCUUGUGGCUUCAAUCAGCAUGGUGUAGAAGUACUAUAUAGUGGAGUAUAUGGGACAGAACUGACGUGUGAAAUAUUUAUUGGACCUGUUUAUCAUCAGCGUUUGCGACACGUGGUUUCCGAUAAAUUUCAGGUCCGUUCUACUGGACAAGUAGACCAGAUCACUCGGCAGCCUCUCAAGGGGCGAAAGCGUGGUGGAGGUGUCCGCUUUGGUGAAAUGGAACGAGAUUCACUCCUUGCUCAUCGAGCAGCAUAUUUGCUGCAUGAUAGACUCCAUACCAGCUCAGAUCAUCACAUUGCAGAUGUGUGCUCUGAAUGUGGAAGUGUCCUAACAUCAUCAUUAUUUCAGCCGCCAAAACGAGCAGUGCAAGCGGAUUUGAAACUGCCACCUGCUAGAGAACCCAAAAAGGUUACUUGUGUUGCUUGCCUUUCAAGUAAAGGAAUGGAGACUGUUGCAAUGCCGUACGUGUUUAAAUAUCUAGCGGCUGAACUGGCAGCGAUGAACAUCAAGAUGACCCUCAAACUAAGUAAUGGGGCUGGAGCUUGAUACACAUUCCUGGCAGUUGAAAUAUUCUUAUGUCUAGAAACAAGCAGGGAAGCUUGAUUCCCAUUUCAUCUGUAACUGUACUUUUUCAAUGUGCAAUAUGUCCGAAAAAGGGUUUGCAGCAUCAGAUAACUGGAUUCUGGCAACGGUGGCUUGGUUUAGACAUCAGAAAGUCAGUUUCCUAGUGGGCUACCGAGAAAGAAAGUGCGCUGCAAACAAGACACGGUUCUUUCAUCUCAUUAUGCAGGAGGGUCAAAAUAUAGAGAUGUCUCAUCAGUAAGAAUCUCGAGUUGUACAGGUUUGUUGUCUGGCUCGAGAGGUGCAACACCUUCCAUUGUGAUGAUGGCCCUGUAAAAGUGGAGAACAACAUAUAGAACUGUGUUUUAAUACUUUAUUUGUUAUAGCUUUUGGUACAUUGUAGGGCUAAUAUGGUUUCAUUGUUGAGGUUCUAUUGAAGCCAACGUUUUUGUUUAUCACAGUAUACUUCUAAUUCA